CUGAGUUGUGAUUCUAAUUGUUACUUAUCCUUCUCAACAAUUUAAUCUACUUCAUUUACCAAUUAAUCUCUCGUUAAUUGUAAUGAUUCAUUAGAUUUUGUUUCGGCGAUUCGAGUUAAUUGUGAAAGGUUUUAAAUGACUUCCAAUGGAUUUGUGAGUAAUGUUAUUCAACCUUUACUGACUGACCUCUAUGAGGUUACUAUGGCCUAUUCGUUUUGGAAAGAUCGAAAACAUGAUGUUCGAGCUGUUUUCGAUCUUUUCUUCCGUCGAAAUCCUUUCCAAGGUGAGUUCACUGUAUUCGCUGGUCUCAAGGAUUGUUUACUUUACCUUGAAGGAUUUCGCUUCUCUCCCAGUGACAUUUCUUACCUUAAAACCAAAUUACCUUCAACUGUGGAACCAGAAUUUUAUGAUUACCUGGCAAGUUUAACUGCUUCGGAUGUUUCCCUUUACGCUGUCGAUGAAGGGACCAUUGUUUUCCCCAAAGUCCCACUUAUAUCGGUAGAAGGGCCUUUGGCGAUAGUCCAGUUACUAGAAACAACUUUUUUAACCUUAAUCAAUUUCGCCAGUUUAGUCGCAACAAACGCUGCUCGCUAUCGGUUGGCCGCUCCUAGGGAUGUUAAGUUAUUUGAAUUUGGCCUUCGUCGUGCCCAAGGACCUGACGGUGGACUAUCGGCCUCUAAAUAUGCUUUUAUCGGAGGAUUUGAUGGUACAUCGAAUCUUCUAGCUGGUAAAGCUUAUGGUAUCCCUGUCACCGGAACUCAUGCUCAUUCCUUUGUCAUGACCUAUUCUUCAAUGGAUCAACUAAACUCAAGGACAUUAAAACAUGCAAAUGAUGGCGUUGAAAGGGAUUUUGUUGGUGUUUGUUACAAAUGGAGAACCUCUUUAUCCAAUUUUCUCAAUAUCAAUCAAUCUGAGGCCAAUGAGGGGGAAUUAGCGGCUUUCAUUGCUUAUGCACAAGCUUUUCCUUCAUCAUUUGUUGCACUCGUUGAUACAUAUAAUGUUUGCAGAAGUGGUUUAUUCAAUUUCUCGGUUGUUGCUCUUGCUCUUAAUGAAUUUGGUUUCCGUCCAAUUGGUAUUCGUAUUGAUAGUGGUGAUUUAGCUUAUUUAUCUCGUGAAGCUCAUCGGAUAUUUGAAUCAAUUGCAAACCAUUAUAAUUUCCCUUGGUUCUGUUCAUUACAAAUUAUCGCAUCAAAUGAUAUCAAUGAAGAUACGAUUCACUCACUCAAUGAUCAAGGACACCGGAUAACAUGUUUUGCCAUAGGAACUCAUUUAGUUACAUGUCAAAAACAACCAGCUCUUGGUUGUGUUUAUAAGCUAACAGAGAUAAAUUCAUCUUCAUGCAUUAAAUUGAGUGAAGAUUUGGAUAAAGUAACUAUUCCAGGUCGUAAGAAUGUCUAUCGAUUAUUUGGCCGUGAUGGAUUCGCGAUUCUUGAUCUUCUAACCAAAUGUAAUGAGAAAGAUCCUCAGGUCAAUGAACGGAUACUUUGCCGACAUCCAAUCCUCGAAUCUAAAAGAGCUCAUGUAACACCAGCGAAAGUGACCCGUUUACAUGAGCGAUGGUGGUACAAAGGAAAGAUCGCUCGAAACUUACCCGACCUUUCGGAUGUUAAAAGAAAAGUUGAAGAAGGUCUGAAUACCCUUCGACCCGAUAUGAAACGUCACCUCAAUCCAACACCAUACAAAGUUUCAGUCACCGAAACUCUUUACGGAGAAAUGCACUCAAUUUGGUUAGAAAAAGCACCAAUCGGUGAACUCUACUAGUCGCAACAAUCAACUAAUAAUUUUAAAAAUCACCUUCGAAAAUUCAUUCAACUAAUCAUCGAAAAACAAAGUUUUGUAGUUAAUAUAUUGCUUGAUUUUAAAACAGAAACAAAAUUUUAAAUCAA